GUGUCUGUACAGGAACCCAUAUCAGCCAUUCUUUCAGACAAUCCAAAUAUUGCUGGUGAAUCAUCUUCGAAUGUUCGUACCAAAAUUGAGAGAAGAAAAUUGUUCUUAUCGGUGCCUAAGUGAGGAGUGUUUGCUGUGUUCAUGUAUGAGCAAAUUUCGUGUUUCCAAUUUCAGGCUCUGAAAUAAAAAAUGGAGGUAAACUUGUGAAGCGUGGAACCAGCAACUACUGACUGGUAUUGAAGACUAGCGGUAUACGGAGAAUUUCCUUCAGUUAAAACACAAAGUAACGGCAACAUGGCGAGCAAGAAGGAAUUGGCCAAAUUGAUCAAAGCAGAUCCAACGGCUAUUGAGACUUACAUGCCUCAAGUUCUGGAGAUGAUAAGAAAUGAUGAAGACGAUCUCAAGAGGAGCGAUGAUUUAAGUGAUGCACUUACAAGACCAAUGCUGAAAGAAGUCAAAACAAAGAAAAAUAAAUACGAGAACCAAAUGGUGGAGUUAUGUCAAGUUUGCUUUGAGAAAAGAACAACUAAGUAUUACGAGCUUGCUGCUGAGAUGUUUAAGGACAAAAAGAUUAUAAAUUGGAAGGAACGCAUCCCAUUGGCUGAGAAACUGAUCAAAACGUUUGAAGCUCCAGUGAAACUCAUCAGAACUGAAAAGGACGAUUGGUGGGGUAAAGACAUCAAACCAAGUGACACCGAAAUAGGCAAGGCAAUGACGUCAUGUAUCGAGAAAAUGAUGGAAGCAUUUGACCGAGACAAGAUUUUGAAGAAAGUGAGCAAAUUCAUGGUUGAGGUCAUCGUGGUCUUCUUCAAGGCACCAGACGAUUUACAAAUUGUUAAAGCAUUGGCGUUUGUUUCAAACUCAUGGCAUACCAUAACCUGGGAGGGGACAGAAAAUAAUCUUGCUGAGAUUAUACGUGCCAUGUGUGUGUGGAUUAAAUCGGGAGACUUGGAUUUGGAAUCUUCAUCUGGUGACAAAGUAAAAGCCAUUAAUAGUACAUUAGAAUCGUCAUUAGCAGGUGCUGGAGCACCAUCAAAAUAUGCGAAGGAGUUGAAUGAAAUAUUCCAGUUUGUGCUGACACAGGAGUUGGACGGUGAACCGUACUCAGGAUGGGGGCUCAUAGCGUUGACUAUCUGCUCUGCAUUCGUUAUUAAGCACUGUGGUAACGCAAGGGCCAUCAAAGACUUCAUCCCGGGAGUGAUGACGAUUCUUAAAGGAGACUGCGAGACGUUGGUUACCGUAGCAUCUGGUUGUGUUACAAGGUUCUACCAACAAAUAGAUCUACUCGCACCAUGUGCUGAUGAUGUUAUAGAAGUAUUCCUGGCUGGGAAAAGUGACAUGAUUGGCCUUGUUUUGAAGCCUCUAUAUGCCGCAAGUCCAGAACCAAUUCUGAGUAGGUUCGACAAAUUAGCUGAGUAUAUGGAAGAUAUGAAUCAAUCCAACAAAACCUACAUGUAUAUGUUAUGGGAUGACGUAGCCAAGGAUAACGCCAAGUUAUUAGUGCCUUACGUCGAUCUGAUGAUGGGUGACGUAACAAAUGGUCAGCUUUCUCAUCAGGUUCUCAUGGUCCUAGGAACUGUGUCGAUCAAAUUCCCAGAACUCUUUGUCGACAAGAUCGACAAGUUGUUACGGGUGACUAAGCAGACACCACACACGAUCCACGCUGUAGCCAAGGUAGUUGCAAGUGUCGGCCAAAUUGAUGAGAAACAAGCUGACCGUUGCCUCAAAAUAUUCACAGACAAGCUGAAGACAUCUGACGACAUGUGGAUUAGUACCAUCUUAAUGGAGAUGAAGAGGGUUGGCCGAAAAUACGUAGAAAUCUUGAAGAAGUACAGAGCUGUUAUUGAACCGUUUAAGACAAGUCAACAGAUGGGUGUGCCUGAUCUUAUACAGAGUUUGAUAGACUUUAUGGAAGGUCGGAGCUUGGAAACUCUUGCUGAUGAAGUGGACGAAGUCAAAGAUGACGUCAAGACCUUGGAUACCCGAGUAACCGUGACGGAGGAGAAUGUGGAUCGACUUGAUAAGACUGUAACAGAGCAAAGCCAGGAGAUCGACAAUGUGAAGAACGAGGUUGUGGAACAAGGUGAAAGGCUGGACGAGCUUGAAGAAGUGGUUGACGACACGGUGUUAAAAGUUGACGAAAUCGAUCACAAAACGAUCACCAAUGCACCAAAGUGGUCACGAGACGUCUCCAAGCUUCUCAACCCCGAGCAUGAACACGAUUGGAGGUACCUGGCUAUCCGUCUUGGCUUCACAGGAGAAGAUGUCCGCAACUGGGCACUGUCUCCAGACCCUACGAUGGCCCUACUGGCGGAAUGGUACACUGUACAUAAGAGUAGUGAAGCUACGUAUGCUGUACUGACUGCAUUACAGGAUAUGGGUAGAGAAGAUGCGUCCGCCAUUGUGGAGGAAUCAUUGCAAUCUGCAGAUGCUCUGGUACCAAAGGCUGCCCCUGACAUGUCAGAGAAACCCCCUCGGGUCUUCAUCAGCUACCAGUGGGAUCAUCAAGCAGAGGUGAAAGUCAUCAAGGAACAUCUUGAGAAAGCUGGCUUUGGUUGCUGGCUGGAUAUCGGUCAGAUGGGAGGUGGUGAUAGCCUUUUUGCUAAGAUCAACGACGGCAUGAGAGCUGCAAAGGUAGUCCUCUGCAUGUGCACUGAGAAGUACUCCAAGUCGGAAAACUGCAAUAAAGAGGUAAAUCUCGCCAACCUGUUGAACAAGCCAAUCAUUCCUGUACUCAUUGAGAAGACAGCUUGGCCACCAGCUGGCUCUAUGAGUAUGUUGUUUGCUCAGCUUCUCUACAUCCAGCUUUAUAACGACAAGGAAUACAUCAGAGGAGACAAGUUUUGGGAAGAUGCCAAGUUUGCCGAGCUACUUGGACAGAUUAGUUACCAUGCUGCUCCGGAUGAAGACAUGAUCACUGACGAGUAUCGCAACUGGGUGCCCCAGAUUGAUGAUCUUCCUCAGGUUGUCAAGAAAGCGGAUAGUACUCAACCAUCAACCAAUUCAUCCACGCAGAAUCCGGCAACACAGGAUCAGGUGGAUGAGUUGAUCCCGCAGGUGUUUAUCUCCUACCAAUGGGACAAACAAACUGAGAUUAAGAGACUUUACUCUCGAUUGACAUCACUGGGAUUCAGCUGCUGGCUUGAUAUCCUCCAGAUGGGUGGAGGAGAUCCUCUCUACUCGAAGAUCGAUAAAGGAAUAAGAAAUGCAAAGGUUGUGGUUUCAAGUGUGACCCCAAAGUACGCCCUCUCAGCAAACUGUCGUCGAGAGGUCAGCCUUUCCGAUGCACUCAGAAAACCCGUUAUCCCGAUCCUCAUGGAGCAGAUGACGUGGCCUCCAGAAGGUCCAAUGAGCAUGCCCUUUGCGCAGCUUCUCUACAUCGACUUCACCAAAGAGUCAACCCAGAAAGAUUUCACCGAUAACAAGUUUGAUGAAUUGCUAGAGAAGCUCAAAGAACACGCAACAGUUGAAGAAUUGGUCAUUCAGCAAAAGCUACCAGCAGAGGGCGGUCAAGAGGAAAAAACAGAAGAAGAACCUACAACUAAAAAUCCCAGUCAGACCGUAGAACAAACGGGAGACAAACAACCCUUGAAACAAGUCCCGGAUGUAAAUCACAAGGAAGAAGCUGCAAAGUCUCCCGAUAAACCUGAGCGGCCUAGAUCAGCAUCAAAUGGCCCCCAGCAUGCUCAGGUAGUUCAACCAGAAAGACCCAAAUCUGCUCCUGCAAAACCAAAGAAAUCUUCGUCUGUUUGUGCAAUUAUCUAAAAAAUAAAAUAAAAAAUAAGACAAGAGUAGACACGAAUAAUUGUGUUUUUGUGACUAUUACCUUUAUCUUAACGUUUACAAAUAGUACUACAUUUACUAUUUGAAGAUAUUGUUGGAACAAAUACUAUUUUUGUUUUGAAGAUAUGAUAUAUUUUUGCUAAUAUACGGCACGAAGAAAAUACAGAAAAGAGGCGUGGCGGACUCGUGCAUAUAUUUCAGAACAAAAUGUCUGUUUACGUGGCGUGGUUUCAACGGGCGGGCAGCCAUUUUGUUUUCCCCCGCUAUCGCAUCAACGUAUCAUGACGUCACGGAGACUGAAUGGGUACAGUAGCGUGACAUAACUGAUCAACUCCUAAUUUCGCUCUUUUAUUUCACACAAGAUGACAAACUGUGAAAGAAUUAUCAAGUUUUGUACCAGUGAUAUUUAACUCUGUUGUUUUAAAACCGAGUCAUAUUUUUACGUUUAUGGGCAUGUUCGACAGAGCAAAUAUUAAUUUGUUCACAAUAAAAAUUGAAUUAAAUUGAACUGAAUGAUUUACGAACAAAACAUUACUGAAGGCAACACAUUAAUUAAGCAUUCUGAAUGUAUUUCAAUCAUUAAAAUUUUUAGUUUGUUAUCAUACUUAUUUUAAAGUUCACCGCUGAAAGAUGUUUAUAUAUUUUGAAUAGAAUUUACACAAAAGUAUUAUGAGAUUUAAAACAUUUAAAUCAUAAAGGCACGUAUGAGUUGCCCACACUUUCAGUCCGUUCUGUAGCCUAUUUUAUUUUACCCGUAAAUUUACAUUUCAAUUUUAAAUAGCUAUUCUUUUUUAGAUUCAAGAAAGUUGGGCUUCACUAAGUUUACCAUCUACAGGUGGUAGUAAAAACAAAACAAAGGAAGUAUUGUCGGGAUCCUGAAAGUAUAUUCCCUUUAUACAAGCCAUACGAAAACAUUUUUGACUGUCAUAUUGUCAUAUUGGCUUAAAAAGAAAGAUUAUUGUAGGUUUUUUUUUUUUUAAUUAACAUAAUCUUUCAAACUGCUUGCAGAGAAAAAAAAUUAUAAAACGAAAAUUCCUUUCGGCGAAAAUCGGGCCAUAGAACUUUUAUAUAGGAAAAUAUAGUAACGUAAUGUAAUGUGCGUGCGCACAACUUUGCACAGAUGUAUAUAGACGUAAAAUUUUAACUAUCGUAUUAGCAGAUUAAAUGCAUAUACGUCUAAUUAUUAACAUAGUCUCAUUUGCACAAGACUUCGUUCUAUAACGGCAUGACGCUACAAUUGUGACUCGGGUAUCUUUAACUUCAAUAUGGAAGUGGCAAUAUGGUAACAUCGACUUACAAACUUGUGGGUAAAGCAUGCAGCUUUUUCAGAACCUAUCACACUGUAUCUCGUCUGAGGUUUAACGGGAAAACAAGUGGUGUUUUGUCCUUAUAUGUGUAAAAUAAAGAAAGUAAAGCCAUCGGUCUAUGAAAAGGGGCGUUUCUAAGUACAAUGAGGCUGUUGAAAAUAAAGUAAAAAAAUAUUUCAGACGAUAUUUGAGUAACUUGUGGUUAUUAAUUUCAGGUAAGAUAAACCUCCAAGCUAAUUGUUUAUCUUGG